CUCAGUCUUGCAAUGGUUAAAUUUGUAUUCACUUAAUUUCAUUGCAUAACCAUGAGAGAAACUCUUGUACGUUAAGUUCAUUUCAUGUAUUCUUAGAUUAAUAUCAUCAUCAAUGUUUAUAUUUCUAUGAUGAUAAAGUGAAUCAAGGUGAAUGUAAAGGUUUUUUACAUUUAAACUAAAGAUCAAUUGGGAAAAACAUCUAUCAAUAUAACUAUUAACAUUUGUCUACAAACUUCCUUUGGUUUCCUUCCUUUUAUGUUUGCUCGUUCGUUCCUUUAUAACCAGAUCAAUCAUUUUCAUCAUCGUCAUCAUCAUUAUAAACAUCAUCAUCUAUUGAUAACAGUUAUUAUAAAAUCAAUUGUGUUUAAUCAACUCUAGCAUAAACGUUGUAUUCAUUCAAAUAAUAGAUUGGGUUCCUAUUCCGUUCUACCGCCAAAAAGCUCAUUGUUUAAUGUAUGCAUUUACAUUAAUUUUCAACUUUAGUGAUGAAUAUAUGAAAUAAAUUGAUAAAUUGUGCUAAAUUUCAACCUUUUUUUCAUUUUAUAUUGUUACAUCUUUACUGGUUUAUUGUUGAGUGAACGUAGACAAGUUUUCAACUAUCAUCUCUUCCAUAUUACUAAAAGGUAGACUUGUCCAUCGAGAGUUUACUUGUUUCAUCAAAUUAAACUAAAGUAUACCAAAUCAAUCCAAGUUUUUUGAUUAAUUUGAAAUCAAAUUAAAUUAGUGAUCCAUCAUAUGCCAAAACUAUCUCAAUGGAUACAAUCUCAACAAAUCUCGAAAAUUUUAGUCAACUUUAAUGUUCACUGGCGACUGACGAUGAAACAAAAAUUACUCAAGUUGGAAAUUGAUUCUCUUCGAUAAUUUACAUUCUUCUGGUUUACGGGUUCGACAUAGUUAACAAUAAGCAACAGGAAAACAUUAAUCUUGAUAUGAAGAUUGUUUGGUUGCAAGAGUCACAGCAAAUGAAAUCAAUUGCUUCCAAUAAUUAGCUCAUCAGUUUUUCAAUGUUGCCGUUGAACAAUUUCAUCCAAAAGCUUUAAUUUGCUCUGGAAACGAUUGCAAGUAAAUCAAUGGAAACAAAAAUGAAGUGAAAAAUCAAUUGAGAAGCAAAUUUUUUCCCAAUAAAUUUACCUUCUUCUACUCAUUGCCACUGUUAAUGGGAAUGCCAAAUUCAAAUAGUAAUCUCAAUCAUUGGGAUAAACUAAUUAUCAAACAUGAAGACAAAUCACCAUUGCACUUGGAUAUCAGGAUUCAGUGUUAUCCAAGUCAUCCUCAAUUCAUGAUGAAAAACGACAGGUUAUUAACAAUUAAACCGUUAAAACCUUUAUACAACCUUUUGUUAAUACUAUUGUUAUGCAGUUUACACUGUUUACCUGUGCAAUCUAGUCAAACAGGGAGUAAUAAAAAACACAACCUUGUUACCAUUGGAAUCAACACUGACCUCAACAAUAUAAACGACAUUUCACGAGAACAAUAUGACAACAGAUUAUUUUCAAUAUCAUCCGCAUCACCUUCAUACACAUCAUCAUUAUCAUCCUCUGUACCAUCAUCAUCACCAUCGUUUUCAUCAUUUUCUUCCUCUUCCUCUUCAUCGAGACCAUCAUCGUUUUCAUCAGCAUCAUUAACCUCUUCAUUGCUUGUAUCAUCCGCAGUGGAAACAGCAGAUGUCUCAUCAUCCUCAGCCGAAGCACCAGAUUCACCUUCCUCUAAACCCUCUUCAACAGUUUAUUUACACACCAAUCGAACCUCAUCAGUUCAUCGAUUAGCAUGUAAAGAUGGACUGGUUCUUCCAGCCUGGCGUCCAAUGGAAAACCUGUCCACCGGUGAUGUAAUUGUUCGCGGUUUAGUCUAUUUUUUCUGCCUUGUCUACCUGUUUGUAGGUGUCUCUAUAGUUGCCGAUAAAUUUAUGGCUGCCAUUGAGGUGAUUACCUCACAAGAACGCGAUGUGCGCAUUAAAAAAGCAAACGGCGAGUAUCAGGUCAUCUCGGUUCGCAUUUGGAAUGAAACAGUUUCCAAUUUAACCCUUAUGGCUUUAGGAUCAAGUGCACCUGAAAUUUUACUCAGCAUCAUUGAAGUGUAUGCACAAAACUACGAGGCUGGUGAUCUUGGUCCUGGAACCAUUGUCGGUUCUGCGGCAUUCAACAUGUUUGUCAUUAUCGCCGUUUGUGUUUGGGUUGUUCCAACCGGUGAGGUUAAAAAGAUUAAACAUUUGAGAGUUUUUUUCGUUACAAUGGUUUGGUCCGUUUUCGCCUACAUCUGGCUGUUUAUUAUACUUUCCGUCAUUUCACCGGGCAUUGUUGACCUUUGGGAAGCCUUUUUAACCUUUGCCUUUUUCCCGGCUACCGUGCUGACCGCUUGGAUUGCCGAUCGUCGUCUUCUUAUUUACAAAUAUUUGUCCAAAAAUUAUCGCAUGAAUAAGCGUGGAGUCAUUGUUCAAGGUGAAGGUGAUGCUGAAGAUGUUGAGUUGGGUGAUAAGAUAUUGUCUAAUCAUGUUGACCUUUCUGGAGAUGCAGCAAGUCAGUCGACUCAUUUAACAUCAGGUGUUCACUCUCAUGGAAUGUUUAGAGUGUUUGAUGAUGAUGAAGAUAUUAAUGAGGAGACGAAAGAGUUUGAGGAACAUCGACGUGAGUUUAUUUCAAUUCUUCGUGAACUUCGCAAGAAACAUCCGGAUGCACAAAUGGAGGAUAUUGAACACAUGGCCAGAGAAGAGAUCAUCAAUCGUGGGCCUAAAAGUCGAGCAUUUUAUCGUCUCCAGGCAACCAAAAAAUUAACUGGAGGAUCGGCCAUGGUUAAAAGGAGGGUGGAAAAGGUCGAGGAUAAGAAAGAUGGAACUCAAAAGAAGUUGGAAAGUGUAAUCAAAGUUUUUUUUGAUCCUGCUCAUUAUACGGUAAUGGAAAAUGUUGGACAAUUUGCUGUAACAGUUGCCCGUGAAGGUGAUUUAUCCAAAUCGAUUGCAGUUGAUUUUGCCACUGAAGAUGGUACAGCUAAUGCUGGCUCUGAUUAUAUUGGAGUCAAUGAAACCAUCGUUUUCCAGCCAAACGAAACUUCCAAACAGGUGAUGAUAAGUGUCAUAGAUGAUGAUGUUUUUGAAGAAGAUGAACAUUUUUACUGCCGCCUGAGUAAUCCUCGAUAUCUCAACAUUGAUAAUGGAGGCCUGGUCAACAUUGGUAAAGACUGGCCUAAAUUACAGUUGGGGACACCUCCGACUGCCACAGUGAUGAUUCUCGAUGAUGACCAUUCAGGUGUUUUUGCAUUCAAAGAAGCGUCAAUCGAAAUACCAGAAUCAGUUGGACCCUAUCUUCUCCAGGUUAGUCGAGUUAGUGGUGCAAGAGGACAAGUUAUACUUCCAUAUAAAACAAUUGAAGGUUCAGCUAAAGGAGAAAGAGAUUUCAUAAUGAAAGAAGGUGAAUUAAUUUUUGAAAAUAAUGAAACAUGCAAAGAAAUUGAAGUUCAAAUAAUCGAUAAUGAAAGUUACGAGAAAGACGCUGUAUUUUACGUUGAAUUGGGUGAACCAAUAUGGGAUGUAGAAACUGAUUUACCGGAAUCGCCUAAAUCUAAUUUAUCUCGCCAAGAGAAGGAAGUCGCUCUUUUAGGUCGUCCGAAAUUGGGUGAAGUUUGGAGAGUUGAAAUUCGUAUCAAAGAAAGUAAAGAGUUUAAGAAUACUGUUGAUAAAUUAUUCCAAAAAAAUACCACUUCAUUUGUUGGUUCAUCAUGUUGGUGGGAUCAAUUUGUUGAAGCCAUUACCGUUAGUCCAGGUGAUGAUGAUGGGGGCGAUGAAGAUGGUGAACAACGAAUGCCCUCAUGCUCAGAUUAUGUUAUGCACUUUAUUACCUUAUUUUGGAAAGUAUUAUUUGCUCUUGUACCUCCCACAGAUAUUUGGGGUGGUUGGGCCUGUUUCAUAACAAGCAUUGUGUUGAUUGGUGCCUUGACUGCAGUCAUUGGUGACUGUGCUUCUCAUUUUGGCUGCUCUGUUGGCUUAAAAGAUGCUAUAACGGCAAUCUCAUUUGUCGCUCUGGGCACUAGUGUACCAGAUACCUUUGCCAGUAAAGUUGCAGCAAUAAACGACAAAUAUGCCGACUCUUCAAUUGGCAAUGUAACUGGCAGUAAUGCUGUAAAUGUUUUCCUUGGCAUUGGAAUUGCUUGGUUCAUUGCCGCUGCUCAUCACACCUACCAUGGCCGUAAAUUUUACGUAGAACCAGGAAACCUUGCAUUCUCGGUGACACUAUUUUGUAUAUGUGCAGGCGUUUGUUGUAUAGUCCUGGGUUUAAGACGAUGGGUUAUCAUUGGCGGGGAACUUGGAGGUCCAUUGAGCUGGAAACUAGUAACAACGAUACUAUUCAUUGGCCUUUGGCUCUUUUAUGUCCUCAUGUCAAGCCUUGAAGCCUACGGAAUUAAAACUUAUUAAAAGUGAACCUGAAAACCAGAAGAAAAGGGAAAAACCAAAAGCAAAGAAAGAAACGCAAAAAAAAACUCGCAUUACCAAUCAACUAAUAUAAGCCAUUAAAUGAUUGCUGUAAAUGAACAAGGAAAAGAUGGCCAACAUUGAAAAUGGUCAAUUGUUUGAAUCGAUGGAUGGACUUCAAGCGAAAACCAAGUUUCUUUAUUGAUUAACCAUUGGACAAGGUUAAAGGUUGACUCAAAAUUAAAGUGAAACCAGAUCAAGUCCAGGUUAACCUAAAUCCUGAUCGCUCAUCAAAACUGCGUAAAAAGGCAAACAAUAAGAAAAUGGAUUUACCAAUAAAUAGUUACAAUUGUAAUACAAUUAAUUGCUCACUGCCUAACAAAUUUUCAUCAACAAUCAUCAUUAUUGUAGUUUAACCAUAACAAACUGGGCAACAAUUAAUUAUUCAAUCGUUGACCAGUUUAGACUCAAACUCUUCCCUCAAUUUGAAUGGUGAAAAAGCAAGCAAAGGAAAAAUGAGAAUUUGAUUUUUUAGUCUCUUCUUUUCAUUCUUUGCAUGCAUUUCCAUUUAUCAUGGCCAUUGUCACCUCUCAUCAUCAUCACCAUAUUCAUCAUGAAAACCUUCAUUGAAAGUUCAAUUUUGAUUAACUCAACCUAAAUGUGGGGAAACCAAACCUCUGAAUGAAUCAAGAGAUUGCAAUUAAUUGUUCUUUUCCCAUUCUUUUGCCAGUUUCUUUAGUUUAAACCUAAUCAACGAAAUUAAAGUUAAUAGUUUUAACCAGC